GUCGGGGCACAGCCGAUCGGAUUGCCGGCAGUCUGUCACGGUGCGAAGAACAGGAACCACGUUAACCGGUUUCCCCGACGCAGCAGCCUUUUUCGACCCACUCGCUUUUUUAACCAGCCGACGGCCGUGGACCACGGCUGCGGCCUUGUACCUUAAUUUCUCGAGUAUCUCUUUCAAUUGAUUCGACGUAGCCGAGUUCCGAGUCCUCUGGUGAACGCAAGUGAAAAGUGUGAUUUGUUGCGGACUUUAACUCUGCGCGGAGGACGUCGCGAUACGCGAACGUUAUUCGUCGAGUUCGUUGAAGAACGCCGACGGACAGGAUCUCGCGAGGAAUCGUGUCGCCUGAUCGUUGAAACGCGCGUCAACGAGAUGUUGACCGACAUGACGCCGGCUGCGGCUGGACAACUUUAUCCGCAGUUACAAUCGAUCGCCAAAUCUCCAGUACACGGACAUGUGGACCAUCCGGGCUUACGGGGCACGCCGCUGGCGAUGCUCGCGGCUCAGUGCAACAAAUUGAGCAGCAAGAGUCCACCGCCGUUGGCCGACGCCGCGGUGGGCAAGGGUUUUCAUCCAUGGAAGAAGAGUCCGCAGAGCAGCGGCAGUUCGCCGCAACAUUCGACUGGAAGCGGCGGCGGAGGAGGAGGCGGCGGAGGUGGAGGAGGUGGGUGCACGACGACCGGAGUGAGUCAGAGGCCGGCGGCGACGAGCAGCGCUGGGAGCACGACCGGUGGCUAUGCGAGAGCGCCGGUGACUUCGUGCGCGUCGACUGCGCCCCAAUACGGCAGUGAUCUGUAUUUCCCCGGGACAGCGAGCGCGCAACCGGCUGGCGAUCCGCAUCAUCAUCAGAGCAGCCUGCUCGGUAAAGUCGAGGGAGCGACCUUGGGCUCGGUAUACGGACGACACCCGUACGAGUCGUGGCCGUUCAACGCGAUGCCGGGCGCUACGCACGGAGGCAUAAAAGCCAGCGAUGGUUGGUGGGACGUUCACGGUGCGGCUACCGCCGGUGGAUGGCUGGACGUCGGCAGUACCGUCGGCGUCGGCGUCCACGCCGCGCAAAUGGCCAAUUACUCGGCAGACUACUCGACGAGUCUAGCGCUCGCGGGCAAUCAUCUGUUAACCACCGCUACCACCGCCGGACACAAUCUCCUUCAAGACACGUACAAAUCGAUGUUACCGGGAGGUCCGCCCGGUUUCGGGCUACAUCAUCACGCGGCGGCGUCGGCGAGCGCGGGCGCCGGUGCCGGCAGCCCCCAAGGUAGCGGUGGUGGCGUCGGCGUCGGCGCCGGCGGCGUCAGUCAAGCGCCCUCGCCGCGAUCGCAAAGACGAUACACCGGCCGUGCGACCUGCGACUGUCCGAAUUGUCAAGAGGCCGAAAGACUCGGCCCGGCGGGCGUACAUCUUAGGAAGAAGAACAUCCACAGCUGCCACAUACCCGGCUGCGGUAAGGUCUACGGGAAAACGUCGCAUCUGAAGGCCCACUUACGGUGGCACACUGCGGCACCUUCGAACCCACACCGGCGAAAAGAGAUUCGCCUGCCCGGUCUGCAACAAGCGGUUCAUGCGCAGCGAUCAUCUCGCGAAGCACGUCAAGACCCACAGCAGCAGCAGCAGCAGCAGCGGCAGCAAGGGCAAGGGGGGAGCGGGGAGCUCGUCGGCCGAGUCCUGCUCCGACAGCGAGGACAACGGGAGUCAGCAGAGUCCCACUUCCAGCUCGGUGCCGCCGCAGCCGCAGCCGCCGCCGCCGCAGCAGCAGCAGCCACAGCAGCAACCUCAGGGCCAGCCCCAGGCUCAGGCCCAACAACAGCAACAGGCGCUGGCGGCGGCGGCGGCAGCGGCAGCGGCGGUAGCGGCGGGCCAGGACACCACCAACAACACCACACAAUCCCAGACCACCACCAGUCUCGGCCAUCAGCCGACAACCCCCAUGACCCCAAUACAGAUGACCCCACCGCCUCUGACCCCACACCAUCCCCACCACCCGCAUCUCCCGCCUCUAAUGCACCAUCCGCAUCAUCACGCAACAUCCGUGCCAGCGGCCCACCAUCCGCACGCGGGGAUGAGCAUGCACUGAGCCCGGUGGGGCCCGGAGCCGGUGCCUGCAGUACCGCUGCCGCAACGGCCCUGGGCUCCCCCCUAUCCUACCCCCUGAACUUGAACCUCGUCCAGAAUCACCAAGCCAUCAGCCACCAUCACACCACUACACCAUCCAACGCUCCCCAUCAUCAACAACAUCAGAACCAUCAUCACCAUCAUCACCAACACCAUCAUCACCAUCAACAUCACUCACGUCAGAGCAAUUCCUAUUCCGUACAACAAAAUCCUGGCACGCCGGGGACCGCGCAGACUCCCUCACCCUCGUCCCCCGCGCCUGUACAUAGUCUCUAGAUUGACAUCUUUUCGUCUGGCCACUCUUUCCUAUUAUCGACCAUCGACAACGAUCGUCUUCUAAAACAUUGCCGACAAUUCGACGGCACUCGAGACGACAAUUUCGAACGAUCGCACGUUUUCUUGCCAGAUUCGUGAACGAAUCUCUGUAUAGCUGACCGUUGCCCUGGCGAUCGCUUCACCGAUCCUCUGCCCCUUGUCCUCUUCGUCGGCAGUUCGUACCUCUCCCUUGCACUUGUCGAUACGAUCGGCUCUUUGUUACUUGUAAAUACUUAUACAUAGCGCGUGAGAAAGAUAUUAUAUUAAUUAUGCGGUGUAAUUUUAAGCGGUGUAAAAAAGGAAUCCUACAUAAACGCACUUUGUCGCGAUGUACCAUACACUGGAAACACGUACGUAGUCAUACACACACACACACACGCAUAAUACACGACAGGCAAGGAAAAAAUAUACAUAAAUGAUGCGCGCGUUAUUGUACGAUCCCGUCAAUUCGUACAGCAUCCAUAGAUCACGUCCCCCACCGAGCAGGUUCCAAACGGAUUUUCGAACGCAACGGAUUUUCAUUGUCGCGAUUAUCUAUUAAUUUCGCGUGAUCGCGUUUGAAACCUGUACUUCGGAUUAGAUUUCCCCCGCGUCGAUCGACCAGCUCCCGUCGAUCAUUAAAUAUCAGGAUAUUAUGGAUUAAUUAUUACGGAUGAAUUAAUUAAUUAUUAAUUAUUAUUAAUUAUUAUUA